AUGACCAUCCCCAACCCCAACAUCGCAAUCGCCGAUGGCUACAAGACAUUCACCUCAAGCGCAUCAAGCACCGAGAUCACCAGCUCUCUCUGGCUUUGCUUCCUGAUCCUUUUCAUCGCAUUCAAUCUCGCCAAACUCCUCGGACCGGAUAUAUUCGCCAUCGCCAACUACAACAAACGAAUCUACCGCGGCUCCAUCGACCAGAUCAAGCGCGUCUACACUUCCUCUGUCGCUUCAGCCCAGCUGUACGCCGCACUCGGCCGCAUGUGCAAAUUCACUCUGAAGACCGACCAAACCGUCACUGUCGAAACCGUCAACGUCCCGGGAGUAGGAAUUCUGGCCAUGGUCCGCGGACUCCCUCCAAACCUACCCACAUCACAGCUGAACCAAGUCCUCGAGACGACACUGUACUGCCACUUCCAGCCGCACCCCCACGCACCCCUCGACACACCACUUCCAGCUAAGAACCGCACCUCCACCGAGUCAGCCGCGAUCGACACCUCGCACCGCGAUCUGUGGAGGGGGACAUGUAUCCAAGACGCAGUUGAGACCUCCUCCUCCGCUCUGCCCUCAUCCACAUCCCCGCCGGACGCCUCACACACCCAAGUCCCACGCGCAGGAGGCACCACGACGAAGCCGCGACGCCAUCUCACCGCACCCCUCACGAACAACCGUGCAGACCCCUCUGCCCAGAACGAGGCGGUCGGCAACGACGACGGAGCCAAGGAGCUCAACGCACGUCCACUCCACCAGAGCAGCUCUCUGGCUCCACAUGACCCGCUGGACGUCGAUGCGUACACGCGGGACUAG